AUGAAGGAUGAGCUUAAAUUUGAUGCUUUUAUGAAACAUUUACGUAACAACAUGCUCAAUCAGAACUUGAAUUUGAUAACAAUUGCUUGUGAUGUUGUGAAGGAAAUUAAGAAACGUGACAACGAGACUAAAGUAUUUUAUGUAAACGAAGCAUUAGAAGAAAAUUUAAAUAAAUUUUCACAAUAA